AUGGCAGACAAAUCAGCAUUUGUGCCAGUCGAUGCAAUCGGAAAUCACAAAAACACCGAUCUUGACGUUGAUAUUGACGACGAAUUGUUCGGAAAAAAACCACCAAAAGCCAGUGCAAGUGCAACCAAAGCAGCCGCUCCACCGGCUCCGGCUCCAGCCCCAGCCCCACCAAAACCUGCUGCAGCACCUGCCCCAGCCGCUGGAAAGUACCAAUACAAGAAGUCGUCGACCUAUCAGAAGACCUAUGCCAAAUAG